CCGAAAGUGAACUGAAACGUGAAGUGUAAAUAUUUAUAUGAACUAUAAGCUAUAAGAGUCAAAGUGUUCUGUGACUAUAACACUAACGUAUAAACGGAUUUUUAGUGUUUUGUAUAUUAAAUAAUUAACAUAUUACUGAUUGAAAAAUAUGUCUGGAAGGGAAGCUACUGGUAAAAGUAAAAAUAAAACACGCAGUAGUCGGUCGGGUCUUACGUUUCCUGUCGGGAGAAUACAUAGGAUUCUCCGAAAAGGAAACUUUGCGCCUCGUAUUGGUUGCGGGGCAGCCGUUUAUAUCUCAGCAGUGCUUGAAUACCUUUCGGCUGAAAUAUUAGAAUUAGCUGCCAAAGCUGCACAACAAAAUGGAAGAUCAAGAAUUUCACCUCGUCACAUAAUGCUAGCAAUAGGUAAUGAUGAUGAAUUGGACAAAAUGCUAAGUGGAGUGACAAUAUCACAAGGGGGAGUUAUGCCAAAGAUACAGCCCCAGUUGUUACCAAGGAAGACCACUAUGAAGAACUACAGUAAAAGUAAUAAUACCGCCGGUUCAUCUCAGGAAUACUAACGUUAUAAUUUAUUAUGAAUCAAGUAGUUUAUAGAACCUGAAAGUAUUAAAAAGGAAAUUGGUAGAAAUAUAAUUAAGCAAAAUGCUGUCAACUAAGAAAUA